UGAUGAGGGGGGCGGAGGCCUGGCCCCAGCCGGGAGGUGUCCGGAGGCUUCACAGGAGAACAGGCCACGUUCCUUUGCUAGGCAACUUUAAACGCGGCUUCCCGAGCCAGCCAGGAGAGACAUGGGGAUCAUUCUGGGCUACUGGGACAUCCGUGGGCUUUGCCAUGCAAUACGAUUGCUGUUGGAAUACACAGGAACCCCCUAUGAGGACAAGCAGUAUGGUUGUGGGGAAGCUCCUAAUUUUGAUGCAAGUGCAUGGACUACUGUGAAGAAUAAGCUGGGCUUGGACUUUCCCAAUCUCCCCUAUCUGAUUGAUGGUGAAGUGAAGAUCACACAGAGCAAUGCCAUCCUUCGGUACAUCGCCCGCAAACACAAUAUGUGUGGAGAGAGUGAGGAAGAAACUAUCAGAGUGGAUAUGCUUGAGAAUCAUGUCAUGGAUUUCCGCAUGGGUUUUGCUAGAAUAUGCUACAGCCCAGAUUUUGAAAAACUGAAACCAGAGUACUUGGAGCAGCUACCAGCAAAACUGAAGCUGUUCUCACAGUUUCUGGGAGACAGGAAGUGGUUUGCAGGAAAAAAGAUCACCUACGUAGAUUUUCUUGCAUAUGAUGUCUUGGACCAGCAUCGAAUGUUUGAACCAAAAUGCUUGGAUCAGUUCACAAAUCUAAAGGAUUUUCUUGAUCGCUUUGAGGCCUUGGAGAACAUUUCUGCCUACAUGAACUCCAGCCGUUUCAUGAAAUCGCCUAUUUUCUGGAGAACCGCAAAGUGGUGUAAUGAAAAAGAGUAGAGGUGGCCAUAAGCUUUGCAUUGCUGGCAGUGGAUGACAAUAUAUGCUAUAGUAUCAAAAAGGGGUGAUUGUACUAUGCAGCAGCUGUGAUAGAUAAAAUGCUUAAGAUUAUAUGAUAGCAGCUAAUAAAAACCUUUAGAUGCUAACAGAAUU